CGGCUCCUCUCAUGCCGCCGCUAAGGCGCUGGAUCCGGGGCCGUCUGUGAGCGCGCGGCGCGCGGCGGGUGGAUGAACAUGGCGUGCAUCGGGGACGCGGACCCUUUCACCGCGGCGAUACCGGCCACCAAAGUUGAACUCACGGUCUCCUGCAGAAACCUCCUGGACAGAGACACGUUCUCCAAGUCUGAUCCAAUUUGUGUGCUGUACACCCAAGGAGUAGCCAACAGGGAAUGGAGAGAGUUUGGACGAACGGAGGUCAUUGACAACACCCUCAACCCCGACUUUGUGCGCAAAUUCAUCCUGGACUAUUUCUUUGAGGAGAGGCAGAAUCUACGCUUCGACCUGUACGACUUAGACUGCAAGAGCGACAACCUCUCCAAGCACGACUUCCUGGGUCAGGCCUUCUGCACGCUGGGCGAGAUAGUCGGCUCCCUGGGGGGCCGCCUGGAAAAACCUUUGAUCGGGAUCCCGGGGAAGAAAUGCGGCGCCAUCAUAGUCAGAGCAGAAGAACUGAGCAACUGCAGGGAGUCGGUGAUGCUGCAGUUUUGUGGCAACAAGCUGGACAAGAAGGACUUCUUCGGAAAGUCGGAUCCUUUUCUCGUCUUUUACCGCAGCAACGAAGACGGAUCGUACACCAUCUGCCACAAAACGGAGGUGGUGAAGAACACGCUGGAUCCCGUGUGGCAGGCUUUCAAGAUCCCCGUGAGGGCGCUGUGCAACGGGGACUACGACAGGAGCAUCAAGGUGGAGGUGUACGACUGGGACAGAGACGGAGGUCACGACUUCAUUGGCGACUUCAGCACCAGCUACAGAGAAAUGUCCAGGAGCCAGUCACAGUUCCACAUCUACGAGGUUCUAAAUCCAAAGAAAAAAGGGAAGAAGAAGAAAAAGUACCAGAACUCAGGAACGGUGACCCUCCUCUCCUGCCUCGUGGACACCGAGCUCUCCUUCCUGGACUACAUCCGAGGCGGGACUCAGAUUAACUUCACAGUGGCAAUUGAUUUCACGGCAUCAAACGGCAACCCGUCCCAGCCCACCUCGCUCCACUACAUGAGCCCGUACCACCUGAACGACUACGCCAUGGCGCUGAGGGCCGUCGGGGAGAUCAUCCAGGACUACGACAGCGACAAGAUGUUCCCGGCGCUGGGCUUCGGCGCCAAGCUUCCUCCGGACGGGCGCGUCUCGCACGAGUUCGCCCUGAAUGGAAAUCCACAGAACCCGUACUGCAGUGGCAUCGAGGGGGUGAUGGAGGCCUACUACCAGAGCCUCAAAUCCGUGCGUCUCUACGGACCCACCCACUUCUCCCCCGUCAUCAACCACGUGGCCAGGUACGCGUCGGCGAUGACGGACGGCUCGCAGUACUUCAUCCUGCUCAUCAUCUCAGACGGCGUGAUCACGGACAUGGCGCAGACCAAGGAGUCCAUCGUCAAUGCCGCGUCUCUGCCCAUGUCAAUUAUCAUAGUCGGGGUCGGACCAGCGGAAUUUGACGAAAUGAUUGAGCUCGACGGGGACGAGGAGAGGAUCUCGUCCCAAGGACGAUACGCCGAGCGGGACAUCGUUCAGUUCGUUCCUUUCAGAGACUACAUCGACCGGCGGGGAAACCACAUCCUCAGCAUGGCGCGCCUCGCCAAGGAAGUGCUCGCCGAGAUCCCCGACCAGUUCCUGUCCUACAUGAGGACCCGGGGGAUCAAGCCCGGGCCCUUGCCCCCUCCGUACACCCCCUGUCCUCCGCCUGCCCUCCACCCGCUCCUCUGCAGACGGGUAAGCCGGAUCUAAAAGGCGGAGGCCCCCACCCCGCGCUCUUGGACGCCAUGUCGCACGGCCGGGAACGAUUUAACGGGACAACCCUGAGUGGGACGCUUCCACUUUGUAUAGGAAGGGACUUCAAGGGGUCGGUGCGGGGGGGUCUGAGAUCACCUCCCCCCCCCCCAGCAGGGAGUGUGGACCGGACGGACACGUCGGACUGAAACACUGAUUCCGCUCUCCUCGUUCUUUCACAAAAAAAAUUGCGUCGCUCAAUGUUGAAAUGUUUACAAAAUUGAGGAAUGGAAGGGAGCAUUUUUUUCAGGAGGAAUUUUCCACCCAUCAAUGUGAAAACCUUUCAGAUUCCUAUUUUUUCGGGUGCAGAAACUGAAAGUUGUGACUUUGUACAAAAAAAAAAAAAACAUUUUAGGCCCCCGGUGCCACAUUCUUCAUUUACAGAGCGUGUGUGUUUUUAUUUUGUUAUUCUUCUUUUUAUAUAAAUGGAGCAUGUGCUAGUUUUAAGAGAAGCAUGCACUGUUGUCCUGCACUCAGGGCCUUUUACCCCCCCCCCCCUUCCCCCCUCCCUCCUUUACUAUCACCACCACUGCCAUGUUCCAUUAAGAAGCAACCCAUCACCCCGAUGUGUUC